AAUAACUCUGACACAGGAGAAGAAAACAGAUGGAAACUGGAGCUUUUUGGAUAAAAGAUACACUGUGUUGAUUAUGUUGAGAGGAAUCAUGGCAACAUUACUUGCAGUUGUUAUUGUCUGCUGCAGCUUUGGUCCAGUGGACAUGUCAGUCCUGGACUCAUGUGAAGCAGAAGUCGUAGCUCUCAAGAAAAGCAUAAAGCAACUGGAGAAUAACCUUUUGAUUGGAGAUUGGCAGAUCCGAUACCUGCAGACACACAAAUAUUUUCAGCCUUUUCACCAGACGGCAUCAAACCAGGAUCCCCAAUCACCAACACUCAGUGAUGGGACCAACAGCAACGGGACAGUGGACAGGUUGGACACUACACAGAGGACGCCGCUCCCAUCUGCAGGCAGUCUUAUAGUACAUGACAAAGAUUGUUCCGAACUGUUUGACAGACAGAGACCUCCGAGUGGCUUCUACAGGGUCCGACCCAUUUCAAACCAGGACCCUGUGCUGGUUUACUGUGACAUGGAGGACGGCGGCGGAUGGACAGUGCUUCAGAGACGGAGACAUGGAAAAGUAGAUUUCAAUAGAGACUGGGUGGACUACAGAGAUGGCUUUGGGGACUUUAAACUGUGGAAUGAUGAGUUUUGGUUGGGCAAUGAGCACAUUCACUCAUUGCUUUCAAAAGGUAAAAACCUGGUGAAAAUUGACUUAAUGGACUGGGAUGGACACAGAAAUUGGGCCUUUUAUGAGAACUUCAGGCUCAGUGCUGAAUCUGAUAAGUACCGCCUCCAGUACGGUCAGUACAGUGGUAAAGCAGGCGAUGCUCUGACGGGAGGAGGAGGGAUGGUGGAGCAGUGGUCCGCCUGUCUCAGUGGGAUGCAAUUCAGCACCAGAGAUCAGGAUAAUGAUCGUUAUCAUCAGGGCAGCUGUGCUCAGGAGAAUCAAGCCGGCUGGUGGUUCAACCGAUGUCAUGCAGCCAACCUAAAUGGCAAGUACUACCGAAAAGGGAAGUACUCUGGCCAGUUGGACAAUGGAGUGGUUUGGGGAACAUGGAGAGGCCUUUGGUACUCCCUUCGGCACACUGCCAUCAAGGUGCGACCGUUGAUGUUCCUGGAUACUGUGGGGAGCGGAGAUGGAGCAUUUUAAA